CGCAGUCUCCACGGCGCAGGCCCACGGUAGCGCAGCCGCUCUGAGGUACCUACUCCAUUCAAGGCACUGCCAGACACAGUAAACCUUAAUGUGGUAUUCAGCGUGGAUAGAGUGCCUUCUUUCACAGGGGAUAUCUUCCAAGACCCCAAUUGGAUGCCUGAAACUGUGGAUAGUACCAAACCAUAAAACUAAGCACUUAUCACACACCGUGGCCAUAACUUGUAGUUUGAGGCAGAGUAAUAUGUGGUACAUAUGUACCACAUUUUGUUUCCCAUUCACCCAUUGAUGGACACUUGGGUAGCUUCCACCUUUUGGCUAUUGUGAAUAAUGCUGCUAUGAACAUGGGUGUGCACGUGUCUGUUUGAGACCCUGCUUUCAAUUCUUCUGGUGGCUCUUCAUGGAGGAACACGGAGUGACCCAGCCUGAGCACAUGGCUGCCAUCGAGGCCCAUGCAGUGGCUCAGCAGGUGCAGCAGGUCCACGUGGCCACCUACACCGAGCACAGCAUGCUGAGCGCUGACGAAGACUCGCCGUCCUCUCCUGAGGACACCUCGUACGAUGACUCAGACAUACUGAACUCCACUGCGGCUGAUGAGGUAACAGCCCAUCUGGCUGCUGCAGGUCCUGUGGGGAUGGCUGCUGCUGCUGCUGUGGCAACGGGGAAGAAACGGAAACGGCCUCACGUGUUUGAGUCUAAUCCAUCCAUCCGGAAGAGACAGCAAACACGUUUGCUUCGGAAACUUCGAGCCACGUUAGAUGAAUAUACAACUCGUGUGGGACAGCAAGCUAUUGUGCUCUGUAUCUCCCCUUCCAAACCCAACCCUGUCUUUAAAGUGUUUGGCGCAGCACCUUUGGAGAAUGUGGUGCGAAAGUACAAGAGCAUGAUCCUGGAAGACUUGGAGUCUGCUCUGGCAGAACACGCCCCUGCGCCACAGGAGGUUAACUCAGAACUGCCGCCUCUCACCAUCGAUGGGAUUCCGGUCUCUGUGGACAAAAUGACCCAGGCCCAGCUUCGGGCAUUUAUCCCAGAGAUGCUCAAGUACUCCACAGGGCGGGGAAAGCCUGGCUGGGGGAAAGAAAGCUGCAAGCCCAUCUGGUGGCCUGAAGACAUCCCAUGGGCAAAUGUCCGGAGUGAUGUCCGCACAGAAGAGCAAAAACAGAGGGUUUCAUGGACCCAAGCACUACGGACCAUAGUGAAGAACUGUUAUAAACAACAUGGGCGGGAGGAUCUUUUGUAUGCUUUUGAAGAUCAGCAAACACAAACACAAGCCACCACCACACACAGUAUAGCCCACCUUGUACCGUCACAGACUGUAGUACAGACCUUCAGCAAUCCUGAUGGCACUGUCUCACUUAUCCAGGUUGGUACAGGAGCCACAGUAGCCACAUUAGCAGAUGCUUCAGAGCUGCCAACCACAGUCACUGUUGCCCAAGUGAACUACUCUGCUGUGGCUGAUGGAGAGGUGGAACAAAAUUGGGCCACAUUACAGGGAGGUGAGAUGACCAUCCAGACGACGCAAGCAUCAGAGGCCACCCAGGCGGUGGCAUCAUUGGCCGAGGCCGCAGUGGCAGCUUCUCAGGAGAUGCAACAGGGAGCUACUGUCACCAUGGCACUCAACAGCGAAGCUGCUGCCCAUGCUGUCGCCACCUUGGCUGAGGCCACCUUGCAAGGCGGGGGACAGAUUGUCCUGUCUGGGGAAACCGCAGCAGCCGUCGGAGCACUUACUGGAGUCCAAGAUGCCAAUGGCCUCUUUAUGGCAGACCAUGAAGGUUGCAAGUGGAUCCUGUCAAGAAGGCUGCAGGUGGGCCUGGUCCAGAUCCCUGUGAGCAUGUACCAGACAGUGGUAACCAGCCUUGCCCAGGGCAACGGCCCGGUGCAGGUGGCCAUGGCCCCAGUGACCACCAGGAUAUCGGACAGCGCAGUCACCAUGGACGGCCAGGCUGUGGAGGUGGUGACAUUGGAACAGUGACAUGCAGCCGUAUCAUGGCAUCGUUUUCUAGUCUACUUCAAAAUUUUUUACAUGUUUGCAGAGGUGCAAUCAAAUGGAAUUAAGUCUCUCGACUUUGGAAGAAAAGUUUUGUUAACCUUUUUUUUUUAAAAAGGAAGAAAGGCAGCAGAUUUUGGAAAUGCAUUUUUUUAAAAGCACCACUCUUGAUUUUCUGGGAUUGGUGGAGUAAGAAACUGCACUGUCAAUUUCACUGUCCCAAAAAGGCCAAAUUGUGGCAGGACUUCUUUCUGCGGAAACGUGUGUACUUAAUGUGUGUGUGUGAGUGUGAAUAUAUGUAUAUGUGUACAUAUGGACACACACAUUUACAUAUAUAUAGAUAAAGUAUAUAUAUACAUAUAUAUAUGUAUGAAACCCGCAUGGAGUUAUCUGUAUGAAAUCAAGGUGAGCUGUGGAAACAACAAUCCACCCAGUUUAGUGGGUGGUAGGGUACGUGGCCAGACACAGUCACCGGGUUUUUGUUCAUACCAGGGUCAUGCAUUGAGCUACUGACAAACUCAGGCAGAGGUGACCAUGCCCUUCACCAAAGCUGCCUCCCAGUGGCCGCCCAGAACUCUCUGCUGGACUCACCUGAGGAAGGAGUUUCCAGGAUGCAGUGGGGUCCAGAAAGCGCUUGCAAGCUCCAGGGGUCACAUGGUCUGCCAGCUGAGACACUCCUCCUCCGGCUGGCCCAGGUGCUGACCUUGCCAUAGGCAGGUGAAUGUCCUGAAGGGGUUCCCAGGCAGGAACAAGAAGUUUUCCUCAGCCUCCCAUCUCCUCCCCUUCCCAGGAAUCCUUCUAGAUUUCGUGACUAUUAAAGAGUUGCUCUGGCUUUAAGGUCAACCCUGAAUUUGUCAUGUAUAUAAACUGAAGGUAACAGAAGUGUUAAGGGUCUGAGGGGUGUGUGCUAAGUGUGCUUGUGGGUGUGUAUGGGGGUGGGGAGAAUGGGAAGAGGUGGGAAGAGCAGGAAGGGAAAGGAGGGAGAGAGAAAAAUCUUCAUAGACCAGGGUACACCAGUGGGCGCCAUUUUCUCUAGCUGUCUGUAGCUGUCUUAACAGAGAAGACUGUGACAUGUGGGACCCCAGGCUCAGGAAGGCUGGCCAUCACAACAACGUGUGUCAGAAGAGAAGACUGUAUUCCUGGAUUCCGCCUGCUUUAGGAGGAUUCGGCCAGGCCGUGCUCCCAGGUGCUUCCUGUGGCCCAGGCCCCAGACAGCUUCUGUGCACACAGUGGAUUAUUCUGGACGUUCUUUGGAACUGCUAAAUCCUGGGCUUUUCCAGCUGCAAACCCUGAGCCUCCAGUGGCUAAAUUCACCUGACUUUUUGACAGGCCAAAUCUCCGCUCCUUGAGUACAGGGACAACUCUUGCUCCCUCCUCCUAGGUCCCCCAUGUGUGUGACAGUGUAUUUAAUGUGGUUUUUGUUAUUGUUGUUGUUGUUUUUUUAAUGAAACAUUAAAAGAUUCUUCAUGUCUUGC